GCUUUAGGGUCCUUGGAAUGGAGUCCACAGGUUGAGGGAACAGGUCAGUGUUGGGGUUAUCCCGACUGGUUCAGGAGCCUGAUGGUCGGGGGAUAACUGUUUCUGACCCUGCUGGUGUGGGUCUUGGGGCUCCCGUACCCGUUCCUGAUGUGAACAGAGAGCAUGGUCGGUUCCUUGAAGGGUGCAUCGGCUCUCAGCUUUUGUCCCUUUGUCACGGGUGGAGAGGAGGUCACGUGAGCCAGGAAAUCACGGACGCGAGAGAUUCUGCGUGUGCUGGAAAUCCAGAGAACACACACAGACACACACAGAGCUCAGCAAGUCGGUCCGUGUCCAUUACACCCACUCCUCCGUGGAUUCUGCCUGACCUGCUGAGUUGUGCCUGCGGCGUGUUGUGAAGCGCUGCGGGUCUGGACAGCUGCAACAGUCCGGCCACAGAACGGGGCAUUGGUCGGGUAAAGCAGUCCGCUAUGAACUGGGGUCGGGGCGCUGCGACUGCGGGGGCAACGCAUUAGCACCGGAUGUUCGUGCUGCGGGUCUGGACAGCUGCAACAGUCCGGCCACAGAACGGGGCAUUGGUCGGGUAAAGCAGUCCGCUAUGAACUGGGGUCGGGGCGCUGCGACUGCGGGGGCAACGCAUUAGCACCGGAUGUUCGUGCUGCGGGCGGAGCCGGACUCGGCGCAUCCGGGGCGGGGCGGGGCGGGUCGGGGCAGUCAUUGCCGCAGCUUCCAGCCGCCCUCUCCGACUCGGACCAUGCUGCUGGGCAAAGUGGCUCUGGUGACGGCCUCAAGCCAGGGGAUCGGGCUGGCGGUGGCCCGGCGCCUGGCGCAGGACGGCGCCCAUGUGAUGAUCAGCAGCCGCAAGGGCAAGAAAGUGGAGGAGGCGGUGUCGCGGCUGCGGGCGGAGGGCCUGUCCGUCUCGGGGACCGUCUGCCACGUCGGGAAGGGCGCGGAGCGGGAGUCGCUGGUGGCCGAGACGGUCGGCCGGUUCGGGGGCGUCGACAUCCUGGUGUCCAACGCCGCCGUCAACCCGUUCGCUGGCCGCACCUUGGACUGCCCGGAGAGUGCCUGGGACAAGAUCCUGGACGUCAACGUGAAAUCGGCCGCCCUGCUGGCGCAGCUGGUGGUGCCCCACAUGGAGAGGCGAGGAGGCGGCUCCAUCGUGCUGGUCAGCUCCGUGGCCGGCUACCGGCCCUUCCCCAUGCUCGGCCCCUACUCGGUCAGCAAGACGGCUCUGCUGGCCCUCACCAGGGUGCUGGCCACCGAGCUGGCCCCGCUCAACAUCAGGGUCAACUGCCUGGCUCCCGGCAUCAUCAAGACCCGCUUCAGCGCGACCCUGUGGGAGAGCGAGGGCCCGCGGCAGGCGGCCACCCAGAUGAUCGACAUGCGGCGGCUGGGAGAGGCCGAGGACUGCGCCGGGGCUGUCUCCUUCCUCUGCUCGCCUGACGCCUCCUACAUCACCGGGGAGACCAUUAACGUGAGCGGCGGCAUGCAGUGCCGGCUCUGAGGUGGCUAACACCCGGCGCCCUGGGCCACCCACACCACAGCGAGCCCCGAGGUGCUCUUCAGGAUUUGGUACCUUUCCCACACAGUCAAUGUUUGUUGUGCCUCAGGAUUGGCAGGAAGCCAGGCCUCUUGAACCUCGCCCUGUUAUGCAGUAUUUACACAGGCCUCUCUCCUCUCAAAACAUACCCCAAUACCCUCAAAUUUAUCACCCUGCUCUAUAAACACUUACAGAGAUUAACACACUCUGGGGUCAAGAAAUCUGCUGACUCACCACCCUUCCUUCACUCGAUGGUUUUUCAACACAUUACUGUAUUAACCCCCAACCGCCUCGUCUUGCAUCCCUGACCCUUCUGCCCUCUCCACGUUACAACCCAAUCAGAACGACGAGGUAUCCCCUCCUUGGGGCAACGGGACACCAGCGAUGCUCUCUUCUGAGGGAGAGGAUCGACCGAGACUAUCUGGAUGAUGAAUACAUUACAGAUUCCAAGCACCGAAAAAAUAUCAAGUGAAGUUCCAGAAUGAAUUCGGACAAUGUGAAAAGUGAUUCAUGAUUCACGAUGUACACAUCGGUGGUGUCCUCCUCCUUCAAAGAACAGUGUUUCCCUUCCUCCACUGAUGACUCUGCCCUCGCCCACAUCUCCUCCGUUUCACCGACAUCCAUCUUCCUGCCACCUUAACACUGUAAGAGUUUCUCUUGUCCUUACCCACCACAACGUUGCCUCUGAGUUAAAUAUUUCAUUCCCACAACCUCCAAAGGAAGGUAAAUAUACCCUUACCUUCCCCCUCCCACCGCUUGCCACAGGGAUCGCUCUAUCUGUGAUUCUCCUGUCCAGUUGUCCCUCCCCACUAAUCCCCCUCCUGUCGUCUAUCUCUGCAAGCGGCCUACAUGCUACACCAGGUGAUUCACCUUCUCCUUCACCUCAGUUCACAGCCCCAAACAGGUGUCUCCUUCCAGGUGAGGCAAAACAUCACCUGCGACUGUGCUGGGGUCAUUUACUGUGUCCGGUGCUCCCAAUGUGGCCUCCUCUUCAUUCAUGAGAUCAUGUAAAUUGGGGGCUGCUCUCUGAGAGCUUCAUUCCAUUGCCCAAAAGUGGAACUUCCCAGUGGCCAGGUAUUUUAAUUUCAAUUCCCACUCACAUCCCGUUAUUUCAGUCUUCGUGUGCCAAGAUGAGGCCACACUCAGGGUGGAGGUGCAACAGCUUACAUUCUGUCUGGAUAACCUCCGACCGGUUGGCAUGAAUAUCGAUACCUCCUUCCGGUUUUUAAAAAACUCCCUCCCCCUCCCCCUUCUUUUAUUUCCCACGCUGGCCUUUUACCUCUUCUCCCCGCCUAUCAUUUCCCCUUUGGCCCACACACAAGUAUAAUUACGAACAAAGCACGGCAGCACCUCUGUUUCCUGAGAAGUUUGGACAGAUUCGGCAUGACAUCUAAAAUUUUGACAAAUUUCUAUCAAUGUGUGAUGGAGAGAAUAUUGACUGGCUGCAUCACAGCCUGGUAUGGAAACAUUUACGCCCUUGAAUGGGAAGUCUUACAAAACUAUUGGAUAUGGCCUAGUCAUCACAGGUAAACCCCUCUCCACAACUGAGCACAUCUACGUGGAGUGUGGUCGCAGGAAAACAACUUCCAUCAUCAGGUACUCUCACCUCACAGGACAGGCUCUCUUCUUUUUGCUGCCAACAGGAAGAAGGUACAGGAACCUCAGGACUUGCACCAACAGGUUCAGAAACAGUUAUUGCCCCUCAACCAUCAGGGUCUUGAACCAGAGGGAUAACUUCUCUAAAUUUCACUUGCCCCAUCACUGAACUAUUCCCACAACCUGUGGACUCACUUUCAGGAACUCUUCAUUUGAUGCUCUCAACACCUAUUGCUUAUUUAUUUAUUAUAUUGUCCGAUAAUUACGCAGCUUUUUGUCUUUCGCGCUGUGGUAGUCUGCUUUAUUGGAUGCAGUCUUUCAUCGAUCCUAUUUAUCGUAUUUCCUGACUAUGCCCAGCAAACGAAUCUCGUACAUGAUGACAGAUAAUAAAGUUUCUUUGAAUUUGAAGAUAAAAUCAAUGAAAAGCAACGCACAAGACUGGGAAACAAAAGUCAACAACUUGCAAAUACAAAUGAAAAAAAAACAACAACAAUAAUAAGAAAUGAGCAAUAGACAUGUGAGUUGUAGAGUCCUUGAAGGUGAGUCCAUAGGUCGUGGGAACAGUUCAGUGUCGGGGUGAGUGAAGUUAUGCCUGAUGGUUGAGGGAUCACUGUACCUGAAUUUGCUGGUGUGGGCCCUGUCCCCGUUCCUGAUGCGAAAAAGAGAGCAUAGCCUGGAUGCUGGUGGUCUUUGAUGAUGGAUGCAUUGGCUCUCAGCUUUUGAUUCUGCCCACCCGGGCAAGUGAAGCUGUCACCUGAUAUGACAUCAGCGAGCGUGUUUAUCAUGUUGCAGCACGGGUGGAGAUGAGGCCAUGUGAGGGGCUGAUUCGUUGACAGAAUACUCUGCAGAUACUGGAAAUACAGAGAACACACACAAAACGCUGGAGGAGCUCAGCAAGUCGGCCGGCAUCCAUGUAGAUGCAGGGUCCCGACCCAAAACGUCGACUGUUUACAGCUCCACGGAUGCUGUCUGACUUGCUGAGGUCCGCCAGCUCCAACAUUUUGUCCGUGCUUUAUGUGAAAUGGUGCAAGUCUGGGCUGGGGAUCUGAUGUGUCACCGGUGGUCCUGUGGUCAUACGAUGUGGUCAACAGUCCGACUUUAAGAACAGAGCGGGACGCUUUGUCCUCACUGCCUCUGUAUUGGCAUUUGGCGGGGUUACGUAACAAGGCCAGAAACCGGUUUGCUGGAGGCAGAGUUGUCCUAAUUCCUGCUUUACCGUUGGUACAAAUGUCAGUCGGAUGCUGUUACAGUUCGGGAUUAGGAAGGCCUGCGAUUAAAUUAUGGAAAGCAGGGGCUAGAGGAAGGCAAUAUAAUUUUGUUUGAGUUUUUUAUUUGGACAUUCUAUGCAGGUGAGUGUCGGUAAGGUACAUUCGGGCUGCUAUGAGAUAGAGAAUGGGACCCCACAAGGCAGUAUUUGUAGCCCUUUGUUGUUUAAUAUUAUGAUUAAUGAUACUUUCUCCGAGAUAGGUACUAAGGUGGGUAAGUCACUUUUUGCAAAUGAAGGAGCUUUCUGGAUUAGAGGUAGAAAUUUCAAUUUAACUAUAUAUAUAGGAUGCAAUUAGUGAUUAAUGAGGUCGAAACUGGGCAAAUAGAUCAGAAUUUAAGCUUCCAGUGGCUAAAAUGCAAAUUUUGCAUUAUACAAAGAGGAUCAUAGCCCUGCAUUUAAUAUGAAAUUAUACAGUCAAACUCGGGAAGAAGUGUCAGUGGUAAGAUUUCUGACCGUGUGGCUGGGUAGUCUGACAUGGAAGCCCCAUAUCAGUAAAAUAAUUGAUCAAUUAUUAAAUAUACUCGGCUACCUUUGUGGGUAUUCUUGGGGUGCUGCACGAAAAUCUUCGUUGACCAUUUGUAUUGGGUUAAUUAGAUCUGUACUUGAUAAUGGCUGUGUGGCUUAUGGAUCGGCUUCAUCUUCAAAUUUAAAACAUUUGUACGUGAUACAAGCUCAGGCUUUGAAACUGUGUUGAGGUGCAGUAAAAACAUCUCCUGUUUCAACGUUACUGGUUGAAAUGGGACAAUUACCCUUACAGUCGCAGAGAGUUAAGUUGUUAACAUACUGGGUUAAUUUGAGGAGCAAAGAAGUAAACAUCCUGUUAGAAGUAUGUUGGAGGACUGUUGGCAACACCACGAGGAGAGUGUUUCUCGUUUUGGGUGGCUAGGAAUAUGGGUUUGCUGGAUAAUGCAAUAUGGUUUCUCAGUAACCCCGCCUUGGUUCAGUCCAAUAAAUUUAGUUGAUUUUAGGUUGCGUGAUUUAAUGAGGUCUCAGGAUUCUGAUAUGUCUGAGAGUCUGUUAGUUCAUCAGUAUGUUAAAGAAAAUAAUUAUGAUAUGUUAGCCAUUUUUACAGACGGAUGAAAAGAUAAUUAACUAGGAAUGUUGGUGUGGCUAUGUUUGUGCCUGAAUUACAUAUAACAAUAAAGAAACUUACCAUUUUAUAAGUAUA